AUGUGGUAUCUUUGGCUUCUAUCACCGGUCCUAUUCCUGGCGACAACCGCUGCACAGCUCAAUAGCACCUACGGACCGGUGCCAGACCUCGAAAGUCCACCUAACGUAACGCAGACGUAUAUCAUUCGCCGAUGUGCUCCAGCUAUGGUUAUGGCCGCAGGUGCUGUGGUCUUCAGGGUUCCUGUGACCGGCCCCUCCUCUGGUGGGGAAUACACCAUCUUCCGCAACACUGGUCCAGCGUCUGGCAAUCUAGUUGUCCUGCCACACCUCCAUAAAACGCAUUACGAAACGUUCUUCAACUUCAAGGGUCGCGUGAAUGUCUGGGCUCAACGCUCAAAUCGUGAGCAGGAGGCCCGGGUUCUGACCACCGGCGACUUCGGUUCUUGGCCGCCCUUCACCAAUCACACUUUCCAAUUGGUUGACCCGGACUCGGAACUUCAUGCUGUGGUUGCGCCGGGAGGCUUUGAGCGUCUCAUUUCUGCCAUCGCAGUUCUCUAUCAUACAACAACCAAUGGGCCUUUCGAUCCUGCAGUCAUUCCACCAACCAAUGGCACAGGUGAUGAAAUCGAUCCGGAGGAGAUCGCCAUGUUUGAGUGGCUAGAUGUCUGGGCACAGCCAGGCUUCACUCCUCGCCGGGAUAUCCUCAAUGGUACCGCUCCCCAGGGUCGCCCUUGGCAUAACGGAUUCAACAAUAUCGGAAAUGACAGUGAUACCAAUUACUGGAUUGCCAACGAUUGUGGGCCAAAGCACCUCAACAGGGACAUCGCGAGCUUCUACCAUGUUGUGAAACCACUGGUGACUCCACAAUCCACUGGACCAGAAUACAAUUUGACCGAGUCGACGAUCACUAUCAACGGUCCGCCUUCAGACAUGGAUAAUCUGCCUACCUUUUCCCUUCCACACGGCAAUUCCUUCGAGGUCUUGGAAGGCAGGCUCAACUUCAUGGUUGAAGGGUUUGAAAAGGCGAAGCUCUAUUGGGGAGAUUUGAUCUAUAUCCCGAGAAACACCAAAUUCUCCUACUACACCGAGGCAAGAUGGGCGAAAUUUCUGAAUUUCUGCACAGAUCUGACUGCCUAUGGAAAAGCCCGGCGAAGAGCAGUGCACCCAGAGACAUCGGUGGUGCGCUCCUUGAGGCUCUCCGAUCUGUUUUCAAGCUCUCUGCGGAAUAACCUCGGCGCCUGGUCCUCGGCGGUUACGAUCGCGGCGCAUUGCAACACCAAAGUCCAGUGGGAGAACUUCUCGAACCCCGCCGUUACGACGGGACACUUCCACUGGCCACUGCUGGCCAACGUCGAGGUGACUGUUCAGAUGAUCAAGGCGUACGGUGGAGCGCAGUGGUGCCAGAACGGUCAUCUAAGAUUGAUUGGCAGCAAGGAGGGGCUGGCCAAGAUUCAGUCGGACGGUGCUGUUGAGAUCCACGCGGAGCUGUUUGAGGAAGAGGAGACGCUGCGAUAUACAUGUGAAGACUAUGCGGCCGGGGCCGCGCCGGAGUACAAGAAGCAGGAGGAUGACCAGAAUGCGGGCGCAAAGAUUGAUGUUCCAACUUUGGUCAUGUUCUCCCAGAAGAAUCUAGAUGCAAAGAUGGAUGUGGCGGAGGUCUGGAAAGACUGA